AUGGAGAUCUCAGUGCGCAGCGCUCGCCAUCCAGUCAUCAAGCGGGAGAAGCUGCUUGGUGUUCGAGAGAGAGACACUUUUGGCCAAGACAUGCUGCUGGAUGAAGAUCUCCGCGCUCAGAACUCGCAAUCCAGUGCCACCCUUGAGGCACUUGAGGACGAAGCUCUGAUGGAAGCAUUGUCAUCCACCUUGGCAGCACAGGGCGAACAUCCCCGCGCUCAUAGCUCGCCGUUGACUGCCCACGUGGAAGAAGUGGCCUGGCUACGCCUGUCAUGGUUUGACUUGAUAACCCUCUUCCUGUGCAUUCCUGUGGAGGAGGCAGAUCUCCGCGCCCAUGACCCCCCAUUGAAUGCCAAGGACGAUGAUCACUCUUCGCUGAAAGCAUCGCCGCCCAGCUUCCCCGACAGAGCAGAGGGCGAAGAGACCCCUGCGCCGGAUGCACCGUCGCCCAGCUUCCUCAUCUCAUCCGUCGCCAAGGAUGAAGAUGUCCUCACGCCACCCAACAUCCCUUUGACAGAAGUUGCAGUGGCACCAUCAACAGCUUCAUCGCAACAGUCGCCGCUCUCACCGCAGCAGCGGCUCCAGCUUUCCCCGCAGCACUUGGGAUGGCAAGACGCAUGGCAGAGAGCCACACAAGAGAAGAACGCCGGCCAGCAGGACCCUAUAAAGGCCAUGCUAGUGACCAUCGUGAACGCUACCAGUCGAGAUCAGAUACAGCCAUGCUUAUUUCGCGGAGACUUGUUUGAAGGUUUCCGCAACCGUGCCGAGUGUAUCCAGACCAUCAAAGCUAGACUGGACAGGGCUUUGAACGCAACUUGGUACCAUGGCGAGUGUACUCUGGAUGCCGAGUUCGACCUGCUGAAGAUUGGGCCAGUUGUGUGGAUGCAGGCAGUGAAGCAAAUCGGGCUGAAGGAGAAGAUAUGGCCAGAGGCCUUGCAUUUGUGCUUGGAAGCGCAGCUGAGCUUCCUGGAGCAUCGGAAGACAAGAUUGCUACAUAGGCCUGAUUCCAAACACAUCGGAGUCAACCCACAGACAAGUGUGAUGAUCGGGCUCAGUCCGAGUGCUCGCAAGAGUCAUCUCAUCCAGAGGACCAACAAGUGGUUGACAAAGGCUGCCCCAGCUGACGAGCACAAUGAGGUUGCUGCAAUCAGAUCCAAGGAGUGCUUCGCCCAAGAAUAUACGCCGAAGGGCUUCAGAACAUGCCUGCUGAACUUUCACAGGGUGGCCCUGUACAGCGAUGAGUGUGUCAAUAUCAUCAAGACGUCCCACGCCGAUCCGCAGGCAUUGCGCCACUAUGCCGACCGGGCCAAGUUGAACACAUACUUGCUGGCCGAGGCUGACGAUAUGACAAAGCCCCAGGUGCGAUCCACAUCGGCGACGAUGACCAGAUGUAUGUGGUUUCCAUGA